CUGUACACCCGCCACGUCAUUGUUUUUUCCAACCCCCAUCGUCAACAACCAAAAAACAAGUCAAUCCAAACACCUCCUCCUCCUUCUUCUCUCUCAAAUCCGCAUAGACCUUUCUCCUCCGCUGGAGUUGCUCUCCCGGAAAAAGGAAAAAAAAAAAGAAAAGAGAAGAAAGAAAAAGGCCAAUGAGACUGAACUUGAUUGUAUCAGUAUCAGUAUCAGUAUUAGUAUUGUUAGGGUUAGGGUUUGGUUGUAAUUAUGGUGAAGCUUUAAAAGUACCGUUUCGUGCUAAAGACGUGCUUCCCGUGUUGCCACGUCAGAUAUCAUGGCCUGUGCUUAAUAACAUUCAUAGUCCUGUUGAUUUAUUGCCCUAUUUUGUUGGAUCAUUGGCUCCUAAUAAUGGCUCUAUUCAGUGGAAAGGUGCUUGCUUUUUUGAAAACGAGGCUCGGAUUGACUUCGUCGAAAGUGAUCGAAAUCAAUCACAAUUGGGAGGCGGUGUUAUUUAUCUUAAGACCUCUGCAGCGCACAGCUGGACCUGUAUGGAUUUGUAUGUUUUUGCAACACCAUAUAGAGUUACGUGGGAUUAUUACUUUUCUGCACGAGAGCAUACCUUGAAAUUUGAUUCCUGGGAAGAAACUGGAGAAAUGGAAUAUGUUAAGCAACAUGGGGUUUCUGUGUUUCUCAUGCCAUCGGGAAUGAUGGGGACUUUGCUUUCCUUAGUUGACGUGUUGCCUUUGUUCUCGAACACUGGAUGGGGUCAGAGUGCUAACUUAGCUUUUCUCAAUAAGCACAUGGGUGCUACAUUUGAGAAACGCCCUCAGCCCUGGCGUGCAACCAUUAAUCCUGAUGAUGUUCAUUCUGGUGAUUUUCUGGCUGUGUCGAAGAUUCGUGGUCGCUGGGGUGGAUUUGAGACAUUAGAGAAAUGGGUGACUGGUGCAUUUGCUGGUCAUACGGCCGUUUGCUUGAAAGAUGAAAUGGGUAAACUUUGGGUUGGUGAAUCAGGACAUGAGAAUGAAAAGGGUGAAGAGAUCAUAGCAGUAGUCCCAUGGGAUGAGUGGUGGGAAUUGUCUUUAAAAGAUAGUUCUAAUCCGCAAAUAGCUUUGCUUCCUUUGCAUCCAGACGUGCGUGCAAAGUUCAACUCCACUGCAGCUUGGGAGUAUGCUCGAAGGAUGUCAGGCAAGCCAUAUGGCUAUCACAACAUGAUAUUUAGUUGGAUAGACACAAUUGCUGACAACUAUCCACCGCCGCUUGAUGCUCACUUGAUCGUUUCUGUCAUGUCUAUGUGGACUAGGGUGCAGCCAGCUUAUGCUGCAAAUAUGUGGAAUGAAGCUCUAAAUAAACGGCUAGAUACUGAGGAUUUGGACUUGUAUGGAAUUCUAGCUGAGAUUGAAAAGCGUGGUGUAACCUUCGAUGAGUUGCUUACUGCUCCAGAACAGGAUGAUUGGAUAUACAGUGAUGGAAAAUCAACGACAUGUGUUGCCUUUAUCCUUGCUAUGUACAAGGAGGCUGGAGUAUUUGGUCCCAUUUCCAGCUCUAUUCAAGUUACUGAAUUUACUAUUCGUGAUGCUUACAUGCUUAAAAUUUUUGAGAACAACCAGACACGCUUGCCUAGUUGGUGCAAUAAUGACAAUGGCAGACUUUUAUUUUGCCAGAUUCUUGGCGAGUAUUGGAUGGAAUUGCCUGAUUACAACAGCUUAGAGCCAUAUGCCAACAUGAACGAAAAUUGUCCGUCCUUACCUCCCAAUUAUGAUAGACCUGGUCGAUGUUAAUUUGAGUUCAACCUAUUUGCAAAAACUGCAAUGCUUCCCUUCAAGUUUAUAUGUUUCAGUUUCUAUCUGUUAUUCUCUUUCCCACUUUCCACUCGAGAGAUGCAGCCGCUGUACAUAAAUGUUGAUUGUAAGACAGUAAAAUCUUAGAACUUGUUGGAAAAAGUUGAAUAGAAUUCUGAUAAUGAUGAUAGAAACAAGUGACGAAGAGGACACCAGUGACAUUAUUCAUUA